GAAAGGGGUCUGCAGCUCUAGGAAUUUUGGGAAACACUAGUGCUUCAGGCAGGGCUGAUGCAAGGAAAUCUCAUCACUUGGGCCUCUCAGAAUGCGAAGGGAGACGGGUCAGCUCUACCCACGAUAAGGCCCGUUCCUGGAUUCUACGUCUACCUAAAUGGGAUAAUCUAUGACCCUUACAUUUGCAGACGCCCCAUCCGAGGGGGAGUGGAGUACCUUCGUAGGGCGAAUUGCACCACACCCCCUCCUCUUUCGACAUGGACAAUCUCUCAAUGCGCAAUGCUAACAAUCCAUGCGCGAAAAGAGUGGGAAAGUACAAGGAGGAGAAGUCGGAGCACCCGGGACUCUUAUUGCAUACAUACCUUUACCUCGGCGACAUCGAUGUCUAAUCCCGAUGGCGUCAUCAUCGAAGCACCAGCCGAUCGAGAUACCUCACCAUUUAUCAGCAAACCGCCUUCCUUCCCGCUUCGGCUUAGGAUGGGAAAUGACCUCGGAUGUGGAAAGACCCUAUUUCGGGGAGGUAAGGAGGGUGGGCUUGGUUUAGUUACUAAAACUCUCCCAGUUGCGUCGUCCAAUGCCACAUCGCAGAGAUGACUCGUGGGUUUGUUUCCUUUCGGGGGGGCCAUUUUUUUUUCCCUCUUUAUUUCCUUGUUCGUUGACCCUUUUGGAGCCAAAUUACCACUGACUCCUGCA